GUCCGACGAAGGGAGCCCCUGUGGUGAUCCUCCGUGGGCCGGUACGCUGCGCACAACAUGUCCAUGUCAAUCGCGAGGUCUCGACCGACACCCUGCUGGGCUUGCCAGCCUGGCAGAGCCUGGCAGAGAAGGACCGUAUAUUUCCCCGGCUGAAAUCGAGCUGUGAAAUAUAAUUGACCGGGGCUCCACCGUCCUGGGGCCUGGGACUGGGCCCCAGUGCGGAAUCCUGACAAGCCGUGGGUGCGUACGUAGCUAUGCCACAGCAUAGCAUCAAAGCACAUGGGGCUCUUUUUUGUCACUCCUUUCCCCAGUUUUGGCCCCACAUUGCUCGCGAUGCGAGUCUGCCCGAGGGCCUUUGGGGGCCGAAUCUGGGCAGGGCGAAGCGCCCUCCUCGGCCAUUACCACAGCGAUUGCCUCUGCGCAAUCUCGCCUACGCAGAGUAUUGCAAUAGCAGCCUCGCACGAGCCUGACCCUGGGGAAAUCGCAAUCACAUGUUAGCACCGACUUUUUCUCCCUAGGCCAAUGAGCUCACCAAGUCGGGAUAGCUCCGGCCCUUUCAAAAGCGCUGCUGGGCUGGCAGGGCUGGCGGGCGGGCUGGCGGGCUGGCUGGCUGGCUGGCUGCACGCAUCCAUUGGCCCGAAUGGGCCGAAUUCGAGAAUGGAACGUCAGGAUCUGUCCUCCCGCACCCUAGCGAAUGAAAUGGCUAUUUCGGCGCAUGUAUCUCCGUACACACAUUCCUCUAACCCGUCCGGAUGCUGUCCCUUGCAGCCGUCCUCAACGUGUUCCUGGCCAGCUUGGCCAAGCCAUCCAGAUCUGGGAGCGUUUCUCAAUGUCGACUUCCAAAUCGAGUCGACGGCGCUCAGAGAAAAUUCGAUGUGCGAUCUCUAGCCUUGGCCUCUUCGCAGCCGGUUCCACCCGUUCCCAAUCGUUGAUUCGGAACUUGGGCGAAACGAGCCGCAAGUUUUGACCUACUUUACCUAGGGGUUUCGGUCGGAAGUCCCGGUACGCCUAAGGAAGCAUUCAGGGCUGAUCGUGUCAUCUCUGUUGCAGGGAGGAGCCGACAGCCGCGCAAAUCAACUGAACCAGAAGCAGACGGCGGCGGUGUCCCUCAGUCAGGCACACAAUAGCAUAACUGCCAUGCCCAAAGAAACACCCAGGAUCCUUGGGAUGACUUGUCAGCGUCGUCAGCAGCGUGCCGAGGAAGUCGUUCAUGAUUUGUUGCCGGGCUCUCAACAACGACAACAAAUCUGCCCCUGCCCCGGACACCGGUACAGCCCCAGAGGGAGACCACUGAGCGCCGGUAGCCCGCACCCCUUCCUUGACACUGUGGCUUCGGAUUCCUUCCGACGGCCCAUGAGGUGUUCGGUGGGAAAUGUUUUCCAAAUCCGACCUGGGGAUAACAACACGCUAACACGCCAAGCGACUGCACGCUUAUCGCUGCUCAGCCUCCGGCCAAGUCACUCUUGGGGGUCCUGAUAGUAGACUCUGACAAGAGCGCAUAAAUUGUCUUCUGCUCGGCAUAUCCGCUAGUUUCCAUGGCGCGUCCAUGGUACCGACUGCAGCGCACACACGGUACUGGAAAGGCAGCGCCGCCGGGGCGCAACCACAGACCGUACCCCGAACAUUGACCCCAGAUGCCCACGUUGGAACGGCGGUUCCUCUUGAUCUUUUAUUUUUGGGGAUGAUAACAUGCUAUCGUUUCGCAGGUUUGGCCGCGGUUCCGUUAGGUUCUUCUACCUUCCUUCCCCUUUAGGCUGGGCUUCCCCUUAUCUGAGCGGUAGUGCACACUACCUUGAGGAAAAGGUCCGGGAUCCGACAAAAUACGGAGUACGGAGUACGCACACGGGUCUCGAAUCUCCUGAGGAGGCUUCGCGACCCCAGAUUCUGCCCGGGGUCGAUCAUCAGGGGGCUCCAACUUGCGGGGUGGGAAUGUUACAUCCCAAGUCAGGGUCGCUGAUAGCGGAAUUGCAGGUCCACCGGAGUAUUUGUCGUCGGCUGUCUGUCGUAUCAACGGCCGACCUCGUCCUACCAACUGCCAGCGCUCGUGCUGAGUGGCUUCAGCAGGCGGGACCCGAUGACAAUUGGCUUACAGGCCCGCCUCGCAUUUGUGAGCCAGCAGCCCGCUGUCAGCUGACAUGGCAAUAGUGCGAGAGGAGAAUUUUCCCGAGCGUCUCGAGGGGGCUCUUUCUUGUGGUCCCCUAGAUGCAGCGACCUCAUCAGCGACGGCCAGUCUGCUGGCGAGCAAGGGCCCAAAGGGACCCCCACGACCCACGCACCGCCUUGACCACGCAAUCUCGCUGCAGCUGUCCGUCCACGACAUGGCCUCUGAAACCCCGUACCCUCUGCCCUCGGCAAACGUCGUGGCCCGGUGGGGGAAGCCCCAGAGACACGAGAAACAGCCAGCGUUGGGAAAUUUGGAUGCUACUAGGCGGACCGGCGAGUAACACAGUGUGUGGUGCAACACGCCGCUCUCCCCAGACAUACGCCGGGGCCGACGUGGUCGCAGUAAUUGUUCCGGGAAAUCAGGGGGGAAGUGAGAUGUCACUUCUGUGAGAAAAGGGCGUGGAGGCGUAUCCGUACACCGUAACCGUAGACCCCUAGCUGUGGAAAUCAGAUGCAACGGCGAACGAAGAAAGCUCUUUUCAGUGGACCACGGCUGCUGGCCUCGCAUCGUACCCACCGACCUGAAGCUUACAUUGGGGAGCCUGCAGGAACAUUUGGGUUUCGAAAGAUGCCAUCAGCAUCUAGGGCAUCAACAGCUAUUGUGGUGAAUGUGGUCAAAUGUAUUCCAUGAUGACGAGUUCAGCGAAGCUCGAGAUAAUCCAUGUACCUAUGUACCCCACAUGCUUGCUCUAGCAUGUGCAGUCGAGAAUGUGGGGGAGGCGCGUCUAAAAAGUCCAUUUCGAGGACCACGCCCCUUCCCGCCGCGGGCAACUCCCAACAGCUCGCAGCACCGGGGAUCGCGUUUCUGAAUGAGACAAGAAUUCCUGCAAACAUCGACCAGAAAGAGACCCUGAUUGUCAAAGCUUGACCUGCCCUUGCUCGUUCCCCGGAGUCAAGGCGGUGGUGUGCGCCAUGGAGUACCACGAGCGGCAUGGGCACGACGUCUGCAGUUUUGACCUGCCCUCAACGCACCGCCUGCCGACCGUCUCGGCUGCACAGGCUCUCGAGGACCUGGAUGCCAAUGUUUCGAGAUUCGUGUCGACCAAUCUCCCCGACUUGGACAAUGCCUUAGCCGCCGGUGCUGCUGCCAGCAGCUCGCCCGGCGAGGAGGGGGCCAGUGCAGGUGGCAUACACAAGGGCCACCUCACCGAGAUCUGGGGGCCCCCCGGGGUGGGGAAGACUGCCUUUGGCAUCCAGGCCGCCGCGGACGUCCUACGGGGUGGCAAGGGCGUCGUCUGGGUAGACUGCUUCUUUCCCGUCUCCCGCGAUCGAUUGACAGAAGUGUGCCGGGCCGGGGCUGCUGGCGGUGAGGAUGCUGCAUCAGACCAUCUCGACGGAUUCGUCCAUUAUUCCUGUCCUAGUCUUGCGCACUUCAUCGCCCUUGUAUGCCGGCCCACCCGGUCCUGCAUCCCGCCAGGAACUGCUCUCAUUGUUGUUGAUUCGCUUUCUGCACUGCUAAAUCAUGCAUUUCCAAGGCUACCGGCUCAGAAAGCUGCGCCAAAGCCCAGCGGCAAGGGCGAGUAACACCACGCCCGCGGUCCUCAGAGCUAUGCUAACUAUACUAGGUCCCUCCAUGUCCUCUAAGCGACUGCAGAUGCUUCAAUACGUAGUUGGUGCCCUACAGAAGCUAGCUGCGACUCGUGAUGUUGCAGUAGUCAUCCUCUCCCAAUGUGCAACAAGGAUGCAGGCGGAGCGAGGUGCGACUCUCAUACCUGCCAUCAACGCUAAUGUCUGGGAACAAGGCAUCGCCACGAGGGUGGCGCUGCUCAGAGACUGGAUGUGGGACGAUGGGCAUCCAUACGGUGCUCGCCUUGCCGCAGUCCAGAAGGUGAAUGGCAUGACGGCCGCAGAUGGUCUGGACAGGCUCUUCGCUUUCAGUAUCGACUCGACGGGUUUGGUCCCGGCCCAUUUUGACGGACACGCUGCAUCUUCCGGUCCCAAACGAAAGCUGGGCGAGACGGGUUUCGAGGUCGUCGAUAGCGAAGAUGAGGACUACGGCUGGCAAGAGAAGGACUCUAGCCUGUUGCCAGGGAUGCCUCCCCAGUGGCAGGGUAGUGAAGACCUCAUACUUGGUCAACCACACCACGAGACUGAAGGAGACAGCCAAGUCGAAGACUCCGAGUUGGAGAACGGCAAUCUCUCCGACGAUGAGGAAUGAAUCGCCUCUAGUCGCCGGUCUUGAUGCUCCACCCGAAAGACCACCGCGACAAAACUCCAAAAAGUCACCAUCGUGAGGACGGUCAAGGCGUACACCCGUAUAAUUUGACGUUGGCUCAACCACAGUAAGGCCGAGUCGUCGUCCCCAGGCGGCCCCGCUCAUACAAUCUUAAAAUGCUGGGGUAAAAUAUCGCGGGUCGGCCGAAUGUCGGUACGAUAGGCCCUUCUGUGGAACCAGUUGUACCGGACUACAAUAUCGGCCAAUUCCGCUCGCCUUCCCGCCAAAAUACUCGGUCCUUGUGCAAUGACAAUGGGCCCGAAGAGCGCUUUUUCAAGUUGGCCGCUGUCGACAGUGCGACAAUCCCGUGGCACAUUCUGACUAGGUCCUCUCCUGAACCACUCAAGCUGACUACCGACGGCGCACAACAUGCCUGCAACAUAGUGUGACCGUCGAGAAGAGAACAGGCUUCCUGAGCUUCUGGAAACUGGACCUGCAUAUGUGUGCAUGGAUAUCGUCGCGCGAGGCCUCUAACGGAGGUGAUCUGCGCUCCCUGCAUAUCACCCGUCGAGUCUCCAUAGAGGGCUUGGCCUCCGAAAGAUAUCACGACUCAGUAUUGGCCCCUUUAGGAAGUCGACAUUUUAUGCGCUGUCAUGACCCGCGUUCAGCAAUAGUUGCAGAUUGGCAACAUGCCUGGUUGGCGGAUUGGCGGGUUACUCUGGGGACACUUGAAGCUUGCCGCUGGCAGACGGUCACGGAGGUGAGGCUAGCCGUGAGGGUUGACAUCACCACCUCUAUAACGCGCGUGCGCGAUCCACGUUGGCACACUACGGAGUACUGUGUGGCACAAUAAAUUCGAGAUUGUACACUACAUCCUCCUGGUGUGUGGGUCUCGGUCUGCUGCACGUCGGCGACAAGCCGAGGCUUGCUUGACCAGGGCUGGGAGGGUGUGCAGAGAGAUUGAUAUUUGGACACCGUGGUGUAUAGCACCGCCUUGG